AUGGUCUCUUUUGCAUCCCAUGAAUUAAGAACUCCCCUAAAUAGUAUUAUUGCAAUGCUUGAAACUAUGAUUAAUAAUCCCAACAAAAAUUACUUGAAAAACGCUAUACUUAAUGCCAAAUAUUUACUUUGUAUGACUAAUGAUCUACUUGAUUUGGCAUAAAUUAAAGUCAAUAAAUUUAAGCUUAAUAUUAAAAAGUUCAAUUUGAAAUAUUUACUAGUCGAAAUUCUUGAAAUGUUCUAGAUUUAAGCCUUCGAAUAGUAAAUUAACCUCAAUAUGAAUUAUGAUUGUGAAGAAGAAAUACAUUCCGAUAAAAAUCGUAUCAGGCAAAUUCUUAUAAAUCUUCUAGGAAAUUCUUUUAAAUUCACUCUAAAUGGGAAAAUAUGUGUCAAUGUAGAAAAAUACGAUGAAUUUCUUAUCCAAAUAUCAGUUGAAGAUACUGGUAUAGGUAUAAAAUAAGAAAAUUUAAGUAAGCUUUUUACUGUUUUUGGAAAAAUAGAUGGAGAAGAAGCCAUUAAUUUAAAUUAAUAAGGAGUUGGUUUAGGUUUAGUAAUAUCUAAUAUGAUAGCUUAUUAAUUAGGAGAUAAUAAUAAUUAAAAAGGUAUUGAAGUAGAAAGUGAGUAUGGAUAUGGAAGUAUUUUUAAAUUUAAAAUCUAUAUACAUAAGGAUGAAGCUAAUAUUAUUUCUAAUUCUUAAUAAUUAUAUUAAUAAGCUUUAUUUUAAGAUAAUGAUGAUAUUUUAGAAGAAUA